AUUGCCCGCACACCUGCCUAUGCUUCCAUCGCGGUCACGAUGAACGAGGCGAAGUCUGAGCACGAUGGCCAGUUUGCCGUCGCCAAGGGCAAGUCCAAGCAGGCAAGCGACGAGGCACAGAGCGCGCGCAGCUCUCACAUCACUGCCGAAGCCGCCAAAAUCGCCAACAAGCAGCGCGAGCUGAGGUUCAAGUCAUCGCACAGCCUGCUUGUCGUCUUCUUCCUUCUAAUCUUUGCGCUCCACGGUCUGGGCCUGUACCUCUUCACCAGCGGCUUCCUCCUGACGCGCCUGGUCCUCGACCACAAAUCCGAGUGUGCUGCGCCCCCAACUGAUUUGUACGGUUCGUACAUCGCCGGCUCGCGCGACACUGGCUGUUGGCACCCCAAGAGCUUCAACAAGGCCGUUGUCAUCAUCGUCGAUGCCCUCCGCUACGACUUCACCGUCCCCUUCCAGCCCACCGAGGCCGACGGAGCGCCGCAUCAUUUCCACAACUCGAUUCCUGUGCUCCACGAGACGGCCACACGCCAGCCAAACAAUGCCUUUCUCCUGCCCUUCAUUGCCGACCCGCCUACGACGACGCUGCAACGGCUGAAGGGUUUGACAACCGGCACCCUGCCGACCUUCAUCGAUGCGGGUUCCAACUUUGCGGGCAUGACAAUUGAGGAGGACAACCUCAUUGCGCAACUGAAGAAUGCCAGCAAGAACGUCGUUCAUCUCGGCGAUGACACCUGGCACUCGUUGUUCCCUGAAUACUUUGACCCGGAGUUGACGAAGCCGUACGACUCGUUCAACGUCUGGGAUUUGCACACAUUGGACAACGGUGUCACGGAGCAUCUCUUCCCUUUGUUGCAGCCUGCAAGCGCUAAGAAAUGGGACGUUCUCAUCGGUCACUAUCUGGGUGUCGAUCAUGCUGGCCAUCGCUAUGGGCCGGACCACUCGGCCAUGACGGCCAAGCUUCAACAGAUGGAUGACAUUGUCCGCCGCAUCAUCGAACGCAUUGACGAUGACACGCUUCUGGUCGUCAUGGGUGAUCACGGAAUGGAUGCCAAAGGUGAUCACGGCGGUGAAUCUGACGACGAAGUCGAGGCGGCUCUCUGGAUGUACUCUAAGAAGGGUGUCUUUGGUCGGAGCUCAUCAGACUACGUCACGCCGCCGGCAACGGCGAAGGAAAGGCCCGUUCAGCAGAUCGAUCUUGUUCCUACCCUUUCUCUUCUGCUUGGUCUUCCCAUUCCUUUCAACAACCUUGGUAAGCCCAUCGAGGAGGCCUUCAUUGGCCGUAGCGGAAACGACUACAAGAACCUCGCUCUCGUCAACAGGUUGGCGGCAUCUCAGGUUCACCGCUACCAGCACGAGUACGCGGUUGCACGUGGGCUUGGGGAGCAGGAGGUUUCGCCGCCUCUGACGCGCUGGAGCACUGCUGGCGAAACAUGGGGGCAGCUAACGCAGUCGAGAAAGCCAAGCCAGAGUCAGUGGAAGCAGGCUUACGAGGACUACUCGAGUUACCAGGAGAUGACACUGGCUUUCUGCCGCAGUCUCUGGGCCCAGUUCCACGUUGUCAGCAUGUACCAAGGAAUUGGUGUGCUCGUCUGCUCGCUUAUCAUCCUGGUGGUUUACGCGCGCGGUAUAACUGGUGAUCACACCGACCUCACGCCCGUCCUACUUUUCAGGGGAUUCACUGGCCUCGUUGCUGGCGCCGGAAGUGGAGCCGCGGUUAGCAACUUCGUCCCCGCCUUUGAGAUGCAGCACUCCGCCAUUUUCGGUGCGGCUGUAGGCAUUAUCCUGGGAAUAAGCUCCGCUUUUCUGGCCGCCAGGAUCAGGGUUUCCUCGCCUCUUCCGCGGUCUUUCUGGGGCGGGAUUAGUGUCCUUUUCCCGCUUUUGCUGUCCAUUGGAUUCGCGUCCAACUCCUUUACCAUUUGGGAGGACGAGAUUCUGCUGUUUUUCCUGACCACGCUGGGCGUCCUCUUCUUCAUCUCGUCCCUGCGGCAGGAGGUGGAGGCAGACCGCACCCUUGGCUGCCUUCACUCAAUUGCCUUUGUCAUGCUUACCCGUCUGGCUUCCUUCUCCCGUCUUUGCAGGGACGAGCAGAUGCCUUACUGCAAGCCGACAUACUAUGCGUCGUCGACCUCGUCGACAAGCGCCGUCUGGCAGGUCGCCAUUCCCUACGUUGUCGCCCUUGGUCUGCCGGAAGGCGUCAAGUUUUUCUUGAAGCGCACUCGCAACUACCAGGGCGUGGCACAGUUUUGGAUUGGCUUUGCAUUCCGCAUGGGCCUGCUGCUAGCGGCGGUCUUUUGGACGCUUGAAGCGGCCGACGACAUGGAUUACUUUGACCUGCCCAAGAAGACGCAGAAGAGCAUCCGCGUCGUCUUUUCGCGCGUAGCGCUCGGCAUUGCUGCAGGCGCGGGAUAUGUCGCGUACGCGUGGUGCUCGCCGCUGCUGAAGAUCGAGACGCGGGAAGCAAAGGCGACGGACGUCGACGACCCGACGAUCGUAUCGCAGGGCGGCAAGCAGAGUAUCGCGAUCCUGGGGUAUGCCAAUCUCCACGGAUCGCGGUACGCGCUGCUGAUGACGGUGUGGGCGGGAGUGGUGAUCUGCCUGCAGAAGCCAAUGGGCAGCGGGGUGAUUGCCGUCCUGGUGCUCCAGAUCCUAGCGCUGCUCGAGAUGAUCGACGCAAACAGGCUGAACUCCAGCGCGAUCGGGCCCGUGACGCUGAUGCUGCUGGGGUCGUUCCACUUCUUCAAGACGGGGCACCAGGCGACACUGGCGAGCAUCCAGUGGGAAGCGGCCUUCAUCCCGCUGAAGAGCGUGCAUUACCCACUGUCGCCGGUGCUGGUGGUGCUGAACACGUUCGGGGCGCAGGUGGUGGCGGCAGCGGCGGUGCCGGCGAUAGCGCUGUGGAAGCAGCCGCCGAAGCGGGCGGGGAUGCUGGGCGCAGUAGCACGGGCGGCGGCAACGCACGCGGCGGCGUAUGCGCUGGUGGGCGCGGCCACGGCGCUGUGGGCCGCGCACCUCCGCAGACACCUCAUGCUCUACCGCGUCUUCUGCCCGCGCUUCAUGAUGGCCGGGUGCGUGCUGCUGCUCGCGGACCUGGUGGUGGUGCUGGUGGGCGUGGCGGGCACGUGGUGGGGCUUCUUGUCCAAUGCGGAGGUGUUUGGGUGGGUUUGAUGAGGGGGUGAGAGGGGCAGUGGUGAGGAGAGAAAAGGUGUGUGUUGUAUGUUUGUGUAUGUAUGUAUCGUAUGUAUAUAUGAAGUUAUGCAGGUUAUGCAAUCGCGGCUUC